CAAGAUUGUGGGUGAAUCGUGCAAGGAUGCGACUUGUCUCAAUAAAAUAGUGUGUACAAACAAAUUGAAUAUUUUUCGAAUACAUACAAAAACAUACAUUCCCUUCUUCAAUUAUCAAAGCCUCCAUGUCUGAUCAACUCUAAACCUCAAAAAAAAAUAUAAAAUAAUAAUAUAUAGUCCAUACAUAUACAGCCACCAAGUCAGGGCCCUGGCUCUGCCAUCAUCUGACUUAAAUGAAGGAGACGAUGAUCCGGCGGCGCACCCUCAUGUUCUGCGAGCAACUCUCACUUCCAUCAUUUCAAGUUAUAGUGAUAAACGCAGAUGUGGGAUGUGUCCGUUGUCAAGACAGAGUCUCUCAGAUUGUUUCCAAGAUGACCGGAAUCGAAGAAUACGUGGUUGAUUUGAAGAAGAAGUUGGUCAUGGCACGAGGUGACUUCAGGCCACGUUUGGUUUCUCUUUCUCAUCGACAACAAGUCAAGGACGUUAUCUCUCAAACUACUCCUUCUCAAAACGCCAAACGCCUUUUGCGACCUCUAAACCUCUUCUUUCGCUCCAUUUUUUCUCUUUGUUUACGUCCAAGCACACACUAUAAAAAUUCUCUCACUUGCUACAAAGCACUACACUAAUUUAUCUAAGUACCAAGUACUUAAAAUA